CGAUCGAUACUUUGAUCGAUCCGCCCACCACUAGUACCGAGACCAAAUCCGCCUUCGCGCACCCAAAUCUCCGGUAGUAGGGAGGGCCCAGCUCAGUCAAAGUCUCCGUUAAAUCGGUCAAAACCUCGGGAAGAAGAACCGUGAGAGAGCGACCGAGGUUCCCAGGUGAAAACAGUCGGACAGACUUCGGACUUAGGAGAGGAAGAAUGGCGGAUUCGAGCAGCUCCGUAACGGUCGUCGGGGCCGGAGACUCCACUGUGUCCGCCGCCGUGGUCGGAGCCACCGAGGCGGUGGACCCCGUGGCGCAUGACGCGGAGCCCGGACCCGUGGAGCCGAAGACCGUGUCCGAGUCCGUGAAGGGCCAGAUUUUCGACGUGGGCCCCCGGUACACGAACCUGUCUUACAUCGGGGAGGGGGCGUACGGGAUGGUGUGCUCUGCUCUGGACCACGUGACCAACCAGCGCGUCGCCAUCAAGAAAAUCAGCCCGUUCGAGCACCAGACGUACUGCCAGCGCACGCUGAGGGAAAUCAAGAUCCUGCUGCGUUUCCACCAUGAGAAUAUCAUCGGCAUCAACGACAUUCUCAGGGCGCGGCACAUCGACAACAUGAGGGAUGUAUACAUCGUGCAGACUCUGAUGGAGACGGACCUGUACAAGCUGCUGAAGAGCCAGAGGCUCAGCAACGACCACGUCUGCUACUUCCUGUACCAGAUCCUCAGAGGCCUCAAGUACAUCCACUCGGCCAACGUGCUGCACCGGGACCUCAAGCCCUCCAACCUGCUCAUCAACACCACCUGUGACCUCAAGAUCUGUGACUUUGGUUUGGCGCGAAUAGCCGACCCCGAGCACGACCACACGGGUUUCCUGACCGAGUACGUGGCCACGCGUUGGUACAGGGCUCCAGAGAUCAUGCUCAACUCCAAGGGCUACUCCAAGUCCAUCGACAUCUGGUCGGUGGGCUGCAUCCUGGCUGAGAUGUUGUCCAACAAACCCAUCUUCCCUGGGAAACACUACCUGGACCAACUCAACCACAUACUGGGCAUCCUCGGGUCUCCAUCCCAAGAAGAUCUGAACUGCAUCAUCAACAUGAAGGCGAGGAACUACCUGCAGUCUCUUCCUGAGAAACCCAAGAUCCCCUGGGAAAAGCUGUUCUACAAGGCCGACCCCAAAGCCCUGGACCUGCUGGGUCGCAUGUUGACCUUUAACCCCAUCAAGCGCAUCAGCGUGGAGGAGGCGCUGUCCCACCCGUACCUGGAGCAGUACUACGACCCCACAGAUGAGCCUGUAGCGGAGGAACCGUUCCCGUUCUCCAUGGAGCUGGACGACCUCCCCAAAGAGCGGCUGAAGCAGCUGAUCUUCGAGGAAACUGCUCGUUUCCAGGCGAACUACCAGGGCUCCUGAGACACAGGUUUUGACGAAGAAGCCCCAACGGAAGACUCCAAAAACGACGCGCUAAAAAAACAAAAGAGAGAAAACGUAUUAAAAACAAACAAAAAAAAAAUU